CAGGAAGAAGGACAGGCGCACGCGUGAAGAAGGGAAUGAUGGUGGGAUAGGAAGGCAACGCAUCAAGCUGGAUGAUAGCUAUCGAUUCCCAACAGUUCACUAGAGCUAAUAGAUCGUACAUCACCCAAAGGUAUUUGCUACUACUAGCACUGUAGCUAGUUCCCGUAGAACGACACCCUGGAACAAACAAAAAUGCCGAACAUUAAGAUAUUUAGCGGUAGCUCGCAUCGGGAACUGUCUCACAAAAUCGCCGACCGUCUUGGGAUGGAACUCGGGAAGGUUGUGACCAAGAAAUUCAGCAAUCAAGAAACAUGGUAAGUGUAAACUUUUAAUCUAUAGAAAGCUAAUCUGUUUAAAUCUUAUGUUACAGAAAGAUGAGUGAGAAACGUUACGUUAGCGUGCUGUUUCUGAUGCUGCCUCGCAAUGGUGCUUGGAACUUGUAGUUUGUCACGCAUCACUGGCGUUCAUUUUGGCGCUCAGUUUGUUGUCUUUAGGGCUAGCUACACUUCCCCAUACAUUUCUGGAUAUUGUGAGAGCUGACAACCCAUACAGGCUAUAACCACGAUUGAAUGACACGUUUUGUUAAAAACACAAGUGAAACAAUUGUUACUUGCAACACUGAUGCAACAAGCGGUGUACUUCUCAUUCUGUGCUGUUCAGUACUUUUCUCAUACCAUGGUUGUAUUGUCACUGAACUUAGCCAACUCCAAACUCUUCUCUUGUCACUGCACUUCUAAGGCCCUUAGCGCUAAACACCUGUAGGCUGUGUUUUCUCUGUCUCGUGAUUAUCCAUCACCACGGGGGCCACGGGGGCCAGUAUGAAAAUGUAUGCACUCACUAACUAUUAGUCUCUCUGGAUAAGAGCGUCUGCUAAAUGACUAAAAUGUAAAAAUGUAAUGCUGUGUUAGCAGAGAGCGUUGUUUAACCUGUCCUCCCCUUCACUCCUCCCCUUCCCUGGGCCCUAACAGUGUUGAGAUCGGGGAGAGUGUGCGUGGAGAGGAUGUCUACAUCGUACAGAGCGGCUGUGGGGAGAUCAAUGAUAAUCUGAUGGAGCUGCUGAUUAUGAUCAAUGCGUGUAAGAUCGCCUCUGCCUCCCGGGUCACAGCGGUCAUCCCCUGCUUCCCCUACGCACGGCAGGACAAGAAGGACAAGGUGGGGGUGAGGGACAGAUGCCUAGUUACUUUACUGUCACACCGCCGACCAUUAUACCACAUCACCAGAGUUAGGGUCAAUUCCAUUUAAAUUCCAGUCAAUUCAGAAGGAAACCAAAUUUCCAUUUCCCACAUUUUCUUCAUUGAAAAGGUACUUCCUGAAUUUUUAUUUUGUAUUUUUAUUUCACCUUUAUUUAACCAGGUAAGCCAGUUGAGAACACGUUCUUAUUUACAACUGCGACCUGGCCAAGAAAAAAACAACUGCGAUAAAAACAACAACACAGAGUUACAUAUGGCGUAAAACAAAACAUAAAGUCAAAAAUACAACAGAAAAUAUAUAUACAGUGUGUGCAAAUGUAGCAUGUUAUGGAGGUAAGGCAAUAAAUAGGCCAUAGUGCAAAAUAAUUACAAUUGACUAGAAUUUUUAAAUGGAAUUGACCCCAACCCUGCCAUUAAACCACAUCACUGACCAGUGACCCGACCACCCAUGUUUGCUGCCACUGACUGCAUGGACGGACUCCAGCAGGAAGCCACAUUAGAUGGAUGGGACUGGGAGCAUGCCUGGGUUUUGUUUAGAGUUCAUUUCUCACCGUUUCAUUUUUGCCAUCUCCACUGAUUUAUGUUCAGCCCAUGUGUGAACUCUGAACCGAGUGAGCAGUCAUUGUGGGUUUCGUUUGUAUUGUUGCAGUCACCUGCCUGCCUCCAUUCCUCUGAUUAUUUAUAUCAGUGCAUGUUAUUGUCCUUCCAAUAUAAUGUAUUGGAUGUAUGUAUCUGCCCAAAAUAUACUGUUAACUUUUUGUACAGUAUUACUUAUCUUGGGCUUGAAGGAGCAGAGUAAUUUGAAUAGCCUGUCUGUUGCUUGUAGUUUAGAAUAGCCUGUCUGUUGCCUGUAGUUUAGAAUAGCCUGUCUGUUGCCUGUAGUUUAGAAUAGCCUGUCUGUUGCCUGUAGUUUAGAAUAGCCUGUCUGUUGCCUGUAGUUUAGAAUAGCCUGUCUGUUGCCUGUAGUUUAGAAUAGCCUGUCUGUUGCCUGUAGUUUAGAAUAGCCUGUCUGUUGCCUGUAGUUUUAGAAUAGCCUGUCUGUUGCCUGAGUUUAAAAAAACCCUGUCUUUGCCUGUAGUUUAAAAUAGCCUGUCUGUUCCCUUUGUUUUAGAAUAGCCUGCCCCUGUUGCCCCUUGGGGUUUAGGAAAAAAUGUAGUAACCCAACCUUGUAGAGGGAAAAGACUCAGCUCAUUCAUGUAGUGAGCACCCCCAAAUAGAGUGUGUUUUUUGUGUUGUUGUUUUUUUUUUGCAGAGUCGGGGCCCAUCUCAGCCAACUGGUGGCUAACAGGCGGGUCUGGUCGGGGGGCUAAAUCAAAUCACCCCUAUGGACCCCUCCACGCCUCACAGAUCCGGUCGGACAGAGAGGGAAACGGGGGUUCUGGCAGUAGAGGUCAGGACCCGGGGGGCACGGGGGUCCGGGCCGUAGAGGUCAGGAGCAGGGGGGGCCCAUUUGGGGUCUGGCAUAAGGUCAUAAAGCAGGGAGGGCACUGGGGCCUGGAUUAGGGUCGGGAGCAGGGGGGGGGCACGGGGGCCCGGCGAAAGGGGUCAGGGGGGGGAGGGAAAACCGGGGGUUUUGGCAUAGGGGGCCCAGAGCAGGGAGGGCCCAACUGGGGUCUGGCAGUAAGGUCAGGAGCACUGGGGUCGGGCAGUAAGGUCAGGAGCAGGGAGGACACUGGGUCGGGGCAGUAGAGGCCCGGGAGCGGGGAGGGCACUGGGGUCUGGCAGUGGGAGGUUUCGGGAAAGCACUGGGGUCUGGCAGAAAGGGUCGGAGCAGGGAGGGCAUUUUGGGGGUCUGGCAUUUAAGGUCGGGAGGCAGGGGGGAAACUGGGGUUUUGGCAGAAAGGGGGUCAGGAAAAGGGGGGGCCCUUUGGGGUUUUUCAGUAGGGUCAGGAGCAGGGGGGGGGCCGGGGGUCUGGCAGAAAGGGGUUAAAACCACCGGGUUUAAAAAGAGAAACUGAGCCCAUCAAAAGGGAAAAAAUUCUUCCUUGCGCCUCCAACCCAAACCCGACACAAUCAGAAAACAACCCACCAAAAUUUGGAUUUUUAUAGGGGUUAAGUGACUGUUCAAGGGCACAAUAACUGGGGAUGGUUUCCUGGAUGUGAAACUGCUAAAUGGCAGCCUCUGACACCUGUCUGUGUGUCUCUGGUAUCUCCAGGGUUUCUUUGACAUCCAGUGGAUAACCUGUAUGCUGAGCCUGCUGUACUGAAGUGGAUCAAGGAGAACAUUGCAGAGUGGAAGACCUGCACUAUCGUCUCUCCCAGACGCAGGGGGGUGCCAAGAGGUUGAGACAGGACCAGAGUAGUCAAAAAAGCUUUUGGUCCGAGGGCUUUUGGCCAAAAGAAGAAAUUUGACAUCAGAGAGAGGGGGAGGAGACAGGAGAAAAUAAAUAGGAGUGCUUGGUAAGUAUGGGAACCAUUGUGCAUGCUAGACAACUGCUUCAAAAGCACCGCUACUGCUCAAGGACUUCAACUUGCUCUUACCUUAGGUGGUUUUACCCUUGAGCCAUGUCUUUCUUUAACUCUGCCUUAUCUGUGGAGAAAUGGACUUUAGAUUCACACGUUUGUGUGUCUAACUGCUCCUUCACACGAACACAUCUUUAAGCGAUAACAAUGGACUGACUUGGUGACUGUUGUGCCUCUGUGACUUGGCUGGCUCUUAACACUGUGUAUUGUAUUCUGUGUGACAGAGUGACCUCCAUAGCGGACAGGCUCAACGUGGACUUUGCUCUGAUCCACAAAGAGAGAAAGAGGGCCAACGAGGUGGAUCGCAUGGUGCUGGUCGGGGACGUCACGGACCGGGUAGCCAUCUUGGUGGAUGACAUGGCAGACACCUGUGGUACUAUAUGUCACGCGGCCGACAAGUAAGUAAAGUCUCACCUUAUGACCUUGACUAACCUUGACACAUGUAUCUAUGCCCAGGCAAUGGGUGUCUGGGCUGAAUCUUAACCAUACAAAAACAAAUAUUAAUUAUGAUCCUAUACAUUAAACUGGAUCUCUGAUUUGAAGUCAAGACCUUCGUAUUACAGAGCUGUGGAAAUACCCACCACUAUUUCACAUUUCACUUCUCCUUCAUCUAAAUGAGAGUCCUUGCAGCAAAAGUCAGUGUAUCCAAACAGGUAAAUGUGGCGGCGCUAUAAUCCCAAACAGUUUUUUAAGGAGAUCCUGUCCCUUCACCUUCAGGCUGAUCUCAGCUGGUGCUACCAAGGUGUAUGCCAUCCUGACCCACGGUAUCUUCUCUGGCCCGGCCAUCUCCCGCAUCAACAACGCCUGCUUCGAGGCUGUGGUCGUCACCAACACUAUCCCUCAGGAGGAGAAGAUGAAGACCUGUCCUAAGAUACAGGUCAGGGGUCACAGCACUGUCCUUUGAUACAGGUCAGGUGGUAUAUUACUAUCCUAAGAUGCAGGUCAGGGGUCACAGCAAUGUCCUUAUAUACAGGUCAGGUGGUAUAUAAAUAUCCUAAGAUACAGGUCAGGGGUCACAGCACUGUCCUUAGAUUUAGGGGUCAAAGGCUAUAUUACUGUCCUAAGAUACAGUUCAGGGGUUAAAGGUUGUAUUACUGUCCUAAGUUACAGGUCAGAGGUUAUAACAGGGUCAUUCACCUUAACAUAAUUAGACUGUCAUACUGUCCGAUAAUGUGACGGUAGUUUAAGCUGAAAUUCUGUUGUUGCUACUGUGAUGAUGUUUAACAACUAAGACAACGACAAGUAGUUUAAAUAAUCUUAUCACCUAAACAGUUUAAAUGGUAAAAUAAUUAAAAUAGUUCACUCUAUAAAUGAGAAAAAGCACAAUGUUUCUGUUUAUAAAUGGGAAAUAGUCUGACAUGUAUCCGGAUGUUUCAUGAACAUAGUUUAUUAUGGAUGAUGUGUUAUUAACCAUCUGUUUCUCCUGUAGGUGAUUGACAUCUCUAUGAUCCUGGCUGAGGCCAUCCGCAGGACCCACAACGGGGAAUCUGUCUCCUACCUCUUUAGCCACGUCCCCUUGUAA